CAACGCUGCGACUAACCCUGAAACUUUGUACAUCUACUCGCCUCUUUUUUUUGUUCUCUUUGACAGCCAUCACCCACAACCAUGGAGCAUCAACUCUCCAUAAGCAUGUUGAUCGCAAUGCUACUCCUACCACUCUCCUUUAUCUCCGCCUCCAUCGCAGACACCUCCAAAACACCGCAAAAGAAAGCAUGUGGUUGGGAACUCAUGCAGAACCUCAACAUCUCCAUAGCUAGUCUGGGCACCUUGUACGCGAAACAGACGGGCGACCGCUCCCUGUGCACCCGCCAGGAUGAUGGCUCAGAGUACUGCACUUGCAUUUAUGAGUGCGGUAAUGGUGUUUGGAGCUAUCAUCAUGACCAAAGUUGCGGAAAAUAUUGUCAUGCCGGCGUGUGUGAUGGUCAGGUCUAA